CCGGAAGUAAACAAAGACGCUCUUGUGUUUGAAAAUCAGUUCAUCAGCGGCUCCUCUGUCUGGACUUUAAUUGUCUUUUUGAAAAGACCGGAAACAACGUUUUCGUUUUGUUUCACAACUUGAAAGCUUAAAUGCACGAGCGGAAGUUUAUUUAUGUGGAUACGAACCAGAUGUUGGUGUGCAGCAGCGGUGUAGCUCAGACGCUAGCCCCAUGAAAAGAUGAAAGGACAGUACGUGUUCUCUCUGUGAUCUGCGUCUGGUGUUGAUUCUCAGAGCGACUGCAGUGGACAUCAUGGCGUCGCCCAGCACGCUGUCUCUGCUCGGCUUCAAGCAGCUGUCUGUCUCUCUGGUGGACUGUUUGAAGACACCUGCUGGGAGGAUGGAGUCUACAGGCUUCUCCCCUGAGCUCUCAGUGCUCGCGUCGAGGCAGCCGUCUGUCUGCGUGGUGGACUGCAUGAAAACUCCAGGACUGAACCUGCAGCUCCUCCAUCCUGCAGAGGAGCAGCAGAGUCACAGCGGCAUCAGGGUGGAGUUCAAAGAGGAGGCCGGCGACUGCUUUGAGAAUCCACACUGGUAUGACACUGAUAUCGGAGCGGAGGUAGAUUUGUUUAAAGAAGAAGAAGAGUCCGAGUGUGACGACGACGACCCCAACUGGGAGGACGGCGGCGGCAGCUCUGGCGGGCUGAGGUGGUUCAUACGGGACGAGGACAGCGUCUCCACACUGGAGCAACAAGAGGCUGAAGAUGUAGCGUCUGAGGCCAGAGGUGGAGACAAAGCAGAGAAGAGCGAACCCCGACAUCACUGUGAGCGCUGUGGGAAAUCCUUCGCAAGGAGGAGCAACGUCACCCGACACCGGCAAUACCACUGCAGCACGACAACAGGCACCCUGAGCCAGCCGGAGUCCGAGCCAGCGGAGCAGGAGACGUUUUCCUGUGACACAUGCAGUCUGACCUUCCGGACUAAACGCCACUUAAGGCUGCAUGAACGCAUUCACACACAGGACAGUGAAAAUCACCAGGAUAAAGCAACAUCCCCACGAGAGAGGUGUCACACCUGCAAACAGUGCAAUAAGAGCUUCUACUUGCUGCACACACUCCAGCAGCACCUCCUCGUCCACACGGGGGAGAAACCCUUUGUAUGCGAGCAGUGUGGCAAAACCUGCGCCCGGAGGGGAGACCUCAAGACGCACAUGCUCAGUCACUCUGAGGAGAGACCGCACCGCUGCAGCCACUGUACGAAAAGCUUCAAGCAGCUGACCAAACUGAGGCAGCACGAGCGCGUUCACACGGGCGAGAAGCCGUUCCAGUGCAAGUUGUGUCUGAAGCGGUUCAGGGUCCAGGCCUUGCUGGCGGCGCACCAGUACACCCACACUGGAGAGAAACCCUACAAGUGCGACCUGUGCCCCAAAGCCUUCAGCGUCAGGAACAACCUGAAGAAGCACAAGAUGAUACACACCGGGGAGAAACCAUACUGCUGCUCGCACUGCGGCAAAGGCUGCCGGCUCCUGCAGCACCUCAUUAUCCACGAGCGCAGCCACACGGGCGAGAAACCCUACAAGUGCGACAAGUGCGACAAAGGCUACGCCCACCCGUCAGCGCUAAAGUUACACCUGUCCACUCAUGGGGAGAAACCGCUGCGCUGCUCCCUGUGUGGGCAGGAGUUCACAGACCUCUCAGAGCUGUCCAGUCACGAGUGCUGCGAGACAAUGGAGAAACCAUACCGCUGUUCCCAGUGUGGCAAGUGCUUCACGCAGGCUGUGCAGCUGAGGAAGCACCGCCUGAUCCACUCUGGGGAGAAACCCUUUGACUGUAAAGACUGUGGGAAGAAAUUCAACGACAAGAGCAACCUCACCAAACAAAUCCGUAUUCACACAGGAGAGAAACCGUUUGAGUGUGAACACUGUCAGAAAGGCUUCAGACUCCUGCAGCACCUCACCACCCACCGACUGACUCACACCAAGAAGCAGUAGAGACCGGGCUGUCGGUUUGAUCCUCGUGUCUCUGUGCCAAACUCUGACAAAAAAUAUCAUGUUUUAUGUUACAAUAAAGUCAUGAGCAAAA